AUGGGCAGUGUCAAGGAAAAAGGAACUAUUCUUGUUUGGAAUGGACAUAAUUUUAAAAGCGAUGCAUUCAUGGACGAUUUGCGUACCUUUUUAGAAGGAGGUGGAGCGCUAGUUUGUGGAGUAGCUCCCUGGAAUUGGCUAUACUUCAAUAAGGACAAAUCGCUUUCGGAUUUCACAACUGGUCGUUUUUGUGAUUCUAUUGGUAUCAAAGUGACCGGUAAUUUGGCUGGUUGUGAUGAUCCAAUUCCAUUUAAACCUGAUUUGAUCAAAUUCAAAAAUGUUACCAAUGUUGUUCAGGCACUGGCGAGCGAACCGAAUAAUGGCGAAUAUUUGGCUAUCAUCGGAUCGACAAUCAAGGAACUAGGCGAUACGUUGCCUGAUUUAUCGAUUGAAACUCUACAAAAUAUGGUUCUGAAUGCUGGAAAUGAUGUUAUCCCAACGAAAGCAUCUCCGAUUAAAGAUAAAUCAUUGCGACAACAAUCGAUGGGUCUGUGUGGUAUUUUAUGUGGAUUAUCUGAUACUAAAGCUCCUGGUAUAAAGGAAUUUCCUGGUGAUUUUGAUGAUUCACCGUCUAUUGAAACAGAUGUCACGGUUAAUAUUCAGUCAAAGGCGGCCAACGAAUGGUAUUGCACAGGAUACUAUGUACCUGCGGGUACUACCAUACAAAUCGUCAUAUCAGAACAAACUGGUGUAAGCGGAUGGUCAGCUCGAAUCGGUUGUCACAGUGACGAUCUCGCGAGUUGCAAUGAAUUACGUCGAUGGCACUGCAUUUCUAUAUGCAAACCGCUGUCUGGUACCACUGUUCAAAUGAGUUCAGCUUUUGGUGGUCUUCUCUUUCUUGAGAGUUCUACUGGUGAAUCGAAUUCCAUUAGUGUUAGACUACAGAAUGUUGUUCUCACACCUACUUACGAUCUCAUGGAUUCGGAUCGAGUAGAACGUUGGGAAGAUUUACGUGUUCGUGCACAGGGCCUAUGGACAGAUAUUGCUGGCCAAUAUAUUGUUUUCAAUCUUCCAUCCCAAAGCGUGCGCCAUUUAGACAGUGCUGAAUUAGAUCGAGCUCUUCGUUUCUAUGAUUCCGUAGUAGUGGCUCAUCAUGAAUUGCGAGGUACUACACCGGGACGUCGGGAACGCAUCGUAUCCGAUGAACAACCAUCGGCUGGCUAUAUGCAUAGUGGCUAUCCGGUUGUCACUCAUUUGGAUGUAAUUGAUCCAAAAGCUGACUAUUUCUUACUGAAUAAUGAUUAUCUAGAAAAGGAUGGCUAUUGGGGUAUUUUUCACGAACUCGGCCAUAAUAUGCAGCGUUACUGGUGGACUUUCAGUUUUGCGGGUGAAGUAACUGUGAAUAUUUUCUCUUUACACGCCAUGGAUGUUAUUUGUAAGAUUCAACCAUGGAUUCAUCCUUGGCUCACCGAUAAAAUAGAAAAGGCGAAACAGAGUAUACAGAAAGGAACGCCUUUCGAUGAAUGGAAAGCAAGUGCCGGCGUUGGUUUGUUUAUCUACGCACAACUAGCAAGAGAAUUUGGUUGGGACAGCUACAAGGCUAUUUUUCGUCAAUAUGAAGAAACUAAACCGAAUCUGAAUAGUGAUCAAGAGAAGAUAGAUCACUGGAUCACAACCUUCUCGCGUCAAGUAGGCUUUAAUUUGGUUCCAUUGUUCAAAUUUUGGGAUUUUCCCGUUUCACAAUCAACGAUUGAUGGCCUUGGCAGUCUGCCAAUUCGUCAAAUCUCUGAUGAAUUAAUUCAAGUAGCACCAGAACGCUAUCACGUCUAA